AUGUCUUUCCUCAAGCCAUUAACGAGGACACCUCGCAGUCGCUGGACAACCACCCUCCGGACACUCGCCACAGAAGCCUCGACCACCGGCGCAAUCCGGGAUUGUACCAGGAUCACUCCUCCUUAUGCCAAGCUAGUGUCGAACUUGGAGAAGGUCAAGCGGGUGUUGGAUAACCGUCCCUUGACGUUGUCGGAGAAGAUUCUUUACUCGCAUUUGACGAACCCAGAGGAGGUUACGCCUGUUCGUGGACAGACGUAUUUGAAGCUGUCUCCUGGUAAGUUUGAGUGA